AUGUCACGAGAGACAGCACUUCUUAAUGACGACUGGAGACGUGUAGCUGCCACCAAGAGAAAUAUAAGUGGACAAGANAAUGAGGACUUUUCACGGAAUAGCAUCCACAUCUACGAUAACACCUUUGUCCUACAGGGUACAAUUCCAAAUCCACGGGCAGCAGAAAAGUACGGGUUUGGUGGGAUUGCCAUUGAUGAUGACGGUAACAUCGUCACUAGAUGUCAGGGGUCAAAUGAAAUAAUUGUCUACACCAAGACAGGGGACCACGUGAGAACAUUCCACAGUGAGUCACCUCAGGCAGUAGCAGUCAACAGCAAGGGUCACUAUGUGGUGGCCGGUCGUAAUACUCUGACUGUGCACCACAAGAAUGGCAAGGUCCUGCAGACGACACCAGACCCAGCGGGUAAAUGUGUCAAGCACAUCCACUGUAACAUGAAUGACGACCUCAUAGUCUCAGAUCCAGGAGAUGAUCACAUCCGUGUAUACGAUUCCACUCUCCAGCUUAAAUACAGAUAUGGUACCCAGGGUGAUGGGGACGGACAGGUGAACGGUCCACGCGGCACAUGCUGCUUGGAUAAUGGAGACAUAAUUCUAACAGACUUUAUCAACCAUCGUCUACACCUGGUGUCACCAGAUGGGAAAUUCAAGCAGUACCUUUUAAGCAAAGACAAUGGACUACGCUAUCCGAGAGAUGUUACUAUAAACCAUCUCGGAAAACUGGUAGUUGGGGAAGAUAAAGGCGAGAUUAAGUUUUUUGAAUUAUGA